AAAAAAGGCAAGGGCGCCGCUGCCAGUGCUGGCGCGACGAACUCGACCGGGACCGUCUCUUCUUCGAACACGACGGCUAGCUCCGCCACCAAUGCCACCGACAGCUCAGCAACGGCAGCGGCAGCUGGCGUCAGCGACACCGCUGCUGCUGGCGUGGCUGCGACCUCGGGCGACGCCACGGUCUCUGUCGCUCUUGACACGCAGAUUGCUGCGCAGGCUACAGCU